AUGGUCCUGCUGAACAGCGCCCGCACCAUCCAGCCUCUCAGCCCUGUGGUGCCCACACACCUCUACGGCUUGCCAGCCCUGGGGCGGGGGAUGAGAGUCUCAGCUACCAAGUCUCUACCAGGGGUCAGCUGCCGCGACGUGGAUGGCCGCGUGGCGCUGGACGUCGUGCACCCCGUGCGCGUGGACGCGGGGGGCUCCUUCCUGUCCUAUGAGCUGUGGCCGCGCGCACUGCGCAAGCGGGACGGGUCCGCACCCCGCGCUGCACCGACCUUCUACGAGCUGCAGUACCGCGGGCGCGAGCUGCGCUUCAACCUGACGGCCAACAGGCACCUGCUGGCGCCCGGCUACGUGAGUGAGACGCGGCGGCGCGGCGACCUGGGGAGCACGCACAUCCAUGCCCAGGCGCCCGCCUGCCACCUGCUCGGCGAGGUGCAGGACCCGGAGCUGGAGGGCGGCCUGGCGGCCAUCAGCGCCUGCGACGGGCUGAAAGGUGUGUUCCAGCUUUCCAAUGAGGACUACUUCAUCGAGCCCCUAGAGGGUGUCCCAGCCCGGCCCGGCCAUGCCCAGCCGCAUGUGGUCUACAAGCGCCAGGCUUCUGAGAGGGAAGCAGCACUGGGUGGUUCCAGGGCCGCAGGCACCUGUGGAGUACAAGCAUCCACGCAGGUGGAGGCGCGGCGGGAGCGGUGGGAGCAGCGGCAGCAGUGGCGGCGGCAGCGGCCCAGGCGUCUCAGUCAGCGCUCGGUCAGCAGAGAGAAGUGGGUGGAGACCCUGGUGGUAGCCGACGCCAAAAUGGUGGAGUACCAUGGGCAGCCGCAGGUCGAGAGCUACGUGCUGACCAUCAUGAACAUGGUGGCCGGCCUGUUUCACGACCCCAGCAUUGGGAACCCCAUCCACAUCACCAUCGUGCGCCUGGUCCUGCUAGAGGAUGAGGAGGAUGACCUGAAGAUCACCCACCAUGCAGACAAUACUCUGCGGAGCUUCUGCAAGUGGCAGAAGAGCAUCAACAUGAAGGGGGACGCCCACCCACUGCACCACGACACCGCCAUCCUGCUCACCAGGAAGGACCUGUGUGCAGCCAUGAACCGGCCCUGCGAGACCUUGGGCCUGUCCCACGUGGCGGGCAUGUGCCAGCCACACCGCAGCUGUAACAUCAACGAGGACACGGGCCUGCCCCUGGCCUUCACCGUGGCCCACGAGCUUGGACACAGCUUUGGCAUUCAGCAUGACGGAAGCGGCAAUGACUGCGAGCCCAUUGCGAAACGGCCUUUCAUCAUGUCUCCACAGCUCCUGUACGACACUGUCCCCCUCACCUGGUCCCGUUGCAGCCGAGAGUACAUCACCAGGUUCCUGGACCGGGGUUGGGGCCUGUGCUUAGAUGACACUCCCACCAAGGAUGUCAUUGACUUCCCCUCUGUGCCCCCCGGGGUCCUCUACGAUGUGGGCCACCAGUGCCGCCUCCAAUACGGGGCCUACUCUGCCUUCUGUGAAGACAUGGACAACGUGUGCCACACUCUCUGGUGCUCUGUGGGGACCACCUGUCACUCCAAGCUGGAUGCAGCCGUGGAUGGAACCAGGUGUGGGGAGAGCAAGUGGUGUCUGAAUGGGGAGUGCGUUCCUGUGGGCUUCCGGCCUGAGGCUGUGGAUGGUGGCUGGUCUGGCUGGAGCCCCUGGUCCAUCUGCUCGCGGAGCUGUGGCGUGGGUGUGCAGAGUGCUGAGCGGCAGUGCACACAGCCUGUACCCAAAUACAAGGGCAAGUACUGUGUGGGUGAACGGAAGCGCUUCCGCCUGUGCAACCUGCAGGCCUGCCCCCCCGGCCACCCCUCUUUCCGCCAUGUGCAGUGCAGCCACUUUGACGCCAUGCUCUACAAGGGCCAGCUGCACACGUGGGUGCCUGUGGUCAAUGACGCGAACCCCUGCGAGCUGCACUGCCGGCCCUCCAAUGAGUACUUUGCUGAGAAGCUUCGGGACGCUGUGAUCGACGGCACCCCCUGCUACCAGGGCCAGCCUGGCCGUGACCUCUGCAUCAACGGCAUCUGCAAGAAUGUGGGUUGUGACUUCGAGAUCGACUCUGGUGCCAUCGAGGAUCGCUGUGGCGUGUGCCACGGCAAUGGCUCCACCUGCCACACCGUGAGCGAGACCUUCAAGGAGUCUGAGGGCCUGGGGUACGUGGACGUGGGGCUGAUCCCAGCCGGUGCCCGUGAGAUCCGCAUCGAGGAGAUGGCCGAGGCUGCCAACUUCCUGGCCCUGCGCAGUGAGGACCCUGAUAAGUACUUCCUGAAUGGGGGCUGGACCAUUCAGUGGAAUGGGGACUACCAGGUGGCCGGCACCACCUUCACGUACGCACGCACAGGCAACUGGGAGAACCUCACGUCCCCAGGGCCCACCAACGAGCCCAUAUGGAUUCAGCUGCUGUUCCAGGAGAGCAACCCCGGAGUGCGCUACGAGUACACCAUCCAAAGGGAGGCGGAUGGUCAGGGCCAGGUCCAGCCACCUGAGUUCUUCUGGGACUAUGGGCCCUGGACCACAUGCACAGUCACGUGUGGUACAGGUAUGCAGAGGCAGAGCGUGCACUGCACUGAGCAACAGGCAGGGCCUGUGGAUGAGCGACACUGUGACCCCCUGAGCCGGCCUGAUGACCGCCAGAGGAAGUGCAGUGAGGAGCCCUGCCCUGCCCGGUGGUGGACAGGGGAGUGGCAGCCGUGCUCCCACUCCUGCGGGCCAGGGGGCCUGUCCCGCCGCGCGGUGCUCUGCAUCCGCAGCGUGGGGCUGGAUGAGCAGAGCGCCCUGGAGCCACCUGCCUGCGCACACCUGCCCCAGCCUCCUGCCGAAACCCCUUGCAACCAAAAUGUGUCCUGUCCGGCCACCUGGGCUGUGGGGAACUGGUCUCAGUGCUCGGUGACGUGCGGGGAGGGCACACAGCACCGAAGUGUCCUCUGCACCAAUGACACCAGCGUCCCCUGCGAUGAGGCCCUGCGGCCGGCCAGUGGGGUUGCCUGUUCUCUGCCGCCCUGUCCAUGGGCCCUGGACCCCGAAGGCUCGGGCAGCGGCUCCUCCAGCCGCGAGCUCUUCAAUGAGAUCGACUUCAUCCCCCCCCGCCUGGCCCCACGCCCUCUGCUCGCCUCGUCCCCCGAGCCGGCCAGCAUGAGCAACGCCAUCGAGGAAGACCCCGAGUCGGGCCCGUCGGGGCCUGUGUUUGUUGACGAUUUCUACUAUGACUACAAUUUCAUUAACUUCCACGAGGACCUGUCCUACGGACCCUUUGAGGAUCCCGACCCAAACCUGGCAGGUGCAGGGGAUCGGACACCCCCACCCCUGAGCCGACCUGCGGAGGCUCCCACAGGCACCCCUCGGCCCAGCCAGGCUGGCCUGUCUCCGCACCCGCCCUUGGGUCAGGCCCCUGGGAGCCCCCCGGGCAAUUUCUUACCUGAGGAAGAUGCCCCCGUGGUGACCCCAGACUCGGGGCUCCCCAGCUUGCCCCAGCCCCCGGUGUGGGUCAGUGGCAAGGACACACCUGCUGCCCCCGGAAGCCACAACAGGCUCCCGGGAGGGGAGGACCGCCAGAGCCAGCCACCCCCUCCGUACUGGCAGAGGACCAACGAGCUCUCUGAGGACGAGGAGGAAGCCUUCGGCGGUGGAGCAACCGGCCUGCCCCAAGGACGGCGCCCCACGUCAUCCCCUUGGUCCUCCAUCCACACUCGCCACACCUCCCGAAGUCCUGACGUGGGAGACCUGUGGACCGUGGGGACAGUGGCCUGGGAACCAGCUCCAGAAGGCAGCCCGGGGCCUAUGGACACUGAGCUACGGCCCACCGUUGGGGGGCGCCCUUCUACUCCUUCCCCCCACGCUCUGCCUGAGACCUGGGGUGGAGAUGGCCCCCUGGAACCGGGGACUCCCACCACUGCAGCCCCAUGGGACCUGCAGACCCCGGUCCUGCCAGGGACCUUCCUUCCGACAGCCCAGGGCCCAGGACCUGAGGACCAGCCAGUGCCCCCCCACCCCACAUCACGGCCCACACCAGCUCAGGACGGGUCAGCCGAUGGCAGAGUCCCCAAGGCCCAGCCUGUGGACCCCAGCCCGGCCAAGGACCCCCCACCCGCCCAGAAUGCCAGCUGGGAGGUGGGGAGCUGGAGUGAGUGCUCCACCACCUGCGGCCUGGGUGCUGUCUGGAGGCCCGUCCGCUGCAGCUCCGGCCGCGAAGAGGACUGUGCCCCCGCCGGCCGCCCCCAGCCUGCCCGCCGCUGCCACCUGAGGCCGUGUGCCGCCUGGCACGCGGGCAACUGGAGCAAGUGCUCGCGUGGCUGCGGGGGAGGCUCCUCAGUGCGUGACGUGCAGUGUGUGGACACACAAGACCUCCGGCCACUGCGGCCCUUCCACUGCCAGCCAGGGCCCCCCAUGCCGCCCACCCGCCGUCCCUGUGGGGUGCAGCCCUGCCUCAGCUGGUACAUCUCUUCCUGGAGGGAGUGCUCCGAGGCUUGUGGUGGUGGCCAGCAGGAACGUCUGGUGACCUGCCCAGAGCCAGGCCUCUGCGAAGAGGCGUUGAGACCCAACAGCACGCGGCCCUGCAACACGCACCCCUGCACGCAAUGGGUCGUGGGGCCCUGGGGCCAGUGCUCGGCCCCCUGUGGUGGUGGUGUGCAGCGGCGCCUGGUCAGGUGUGUCAACACCCAGACUGGACUGCCCGAGGAGGACAGUGAGCAGUGUAGCCACGAGGCCUGGCCCGAGAGCUCCCGGCCAUGCGGCACCCAGGACUGUGACCUCAGCGAGGCCCCACGCUGCGAGCGGGACCGCCUGUCGUUCGGCUUCUGUGAGACCCUGCGUCUGCUGGGCCGCUGCCAGCUGCCGGCCGUCCGCACCCAGUGCUGCCGCUCCUGCCCCCCGCCGGGCCACGGCGCCCCCUCCCGCGGCCACCAGCGCAUUGCCCGCCGCUGACCCGCCCCAGCGGGC